AACAAUACUUGGCCAAACUUUUCAUACUCAAAUAAUCAUAUAUAACAUAAAUCCAAUGAUCUUGCAUUAUAUCUCAUUGCACAUACAUAUGAGAUAAUAAUGGCUUCAUUACAACAUCCUAGGAUCAUUAGCAUGGAUAGAUCAGCCAAGAAAUGUAUCAAAGCAUCACUUAAACUCACAAAUUCAGUCAUGGCCUUCACCGGUAUCGCGAUUCUUAUGUAUUCUGUAUGGAUGAUGGCUGUUUGCCUACGAGAUUAUCAAAUGUAUUCUCUUCCAUGGUUUUUAUGGGCUUGUAUUGGUACUGGAAUCAUAUUUAGUUUCAUAGCAUGCACGGGCCAUGCAGGAGCUAAUACAAGGAGCAACUUCUUACUUUCUUUGUAUAUACUGUUUAUGUUCUUACUUAUUCUGGUGGAAAGUUUAAUCACAGCAGAUAUAUUUCUAAAUGACGAUUGGGAUAAGGACUUCCCUAAGGAUCAUACAAAGAGAUUUGAUGAUUUUGUGGAUUAUGUGGAUUCCAACUCAGACAACUUCAGAUGUUUAGCCUUGUUGAUCGCAUUCUCCCAGGGACUCUCAUUCUUGCUAGCCAUGAUAUUGAGAGCAAUGGCCUAUUCACACCGGAAUAACGAAGAUGAGGAAGCCCGACUUCCUUUCUUAAAUCAUCAAAUUCAUCACCCUGGACCUUAUGCUGUUGGUCACCCUGAUCCUAGCUAUUAUCCAGCUGCACCCUACGCGCACACGCAUGGUUACGCUGUCGACGUCGCAAGGAAUGAGAAGGCCGGCGAAUAUGUAGCUGCACCCUAUGGACAUACGCAUGGAUACGCUGCAGAUAUGACAGUGAAUGAGAAGUUAGAAUAUAUAGCUCCUAGUGCUGUACAAACUAACCCCAAGGGACAUUUCAUGUAAUGCUGAUGAGGUGGUUUAUAUCUCAAAGAGGACUUAGAUAAACCAAACAACUUAUGUAUAUAUAUAUAGUAGUAAAUUGGUUCUGUUUUUAGUAGUACAAGUCCAACUAUUUUUGAACAAUGUUGUGAAGGUUUUGUGGGAUGAUAUGAUUCCUUAAUCCUCCUUAUAUUUAAUGAAGUUUCACGAAUGGUUUAGCUUUUA